AUGAGUGCAGAGACCGAGCUGCUGCUGUGGCCGGGGGUGGCGCUGCUGCUAUUGCUGGGGGCAGCUGCUGGCCUUUGUGUGCGCUGCUCCCGCCCAGGUGCCAAGAGGUCAGAGAAAAUCUAUGAACAGAGAAGUCUGCAGGAAAGUCCACAGAGCUUUGAGGUGGCCCGGACCUACUCCCUGGUCCAGCAGGCAUGGCCAGGGCGCCUCGUGGGCAUGGCCCCUGACAUGGCGACCACAAGGAAGGACAAGCUGCUGCGUUUCUCCCCCAGCCUGGAGGACUCUGCAUCCUCCAGGUAUCAGAACUUCAGCAAAGGAAGCAGGCACGGAUCAGAUGCAGCUUACAUAGACCCCAUUGCCACAGACUAUUACAACUGUGGGUGGUUCCCAAAGCCCCGGCCAGAAGAUGACGAUGAUGCCAAUUCCUACGAGAAUGUGCUCAUCUGCAAGCAGACGACCUCAGAGGCAGGCAAUGAGGAAUCUGAGGAUUAUCAGAACUCGAUGUCCAUCCGUCAGUGGCAGGAGUCCAGGAAGGUCGUGGAACAAGUCCAGAGAGAGGCACCUGCCUCCCCAGCAGGAAGCCCAGACGAGGAACCCGAUUACGUGAAUGGAGAUGUGGCGGCCAGGAAAGCCUAG